AGGUGCUGUAGACGUGCAACUGGCCUGUGUAUAUAAGGCCGGGCGUUUUCGUUUUCAAAUCAGUACACUUCGAACAUUGUUUAAGAUAACACGUCAGCCUGCGCUGUAUGAAAAAUCAAAGGAUCUCAAACAAUUUUUGACACUUACGAAAAAAUCUAUCUCCGAAUACCGACAUACAACCGUAGGAUUAAUUUAUACGCAAAUCUCUAUCUCCUGGAUUAAAACAUACCCAAGCUCCAACAUGAUGAUUCACGAAAAACUGAUGUCCGGCCAAUUUCUUUUAGAUCUAAAAAAUGAUCGCACAGGCCUACUGCAAGCAGCCGCUGCAGUACACCACAGCCAUCAGCAGCCAAUGCAUCUACAGCCACCGUCCCCACCGAUGCCUGCACUGGAUUUGUAUUCGGCAUACGCCUACCAGCAACAGUUGCAACAACAGCUAAUGAACACGGCCUUGCCGCAACAACACACGACUUCCCAUGGAACGGAAGUUCUUGACUUGUCACGCCGAUGCGACUCGGCUGAAGCUGCCCGCAAAACCCCCUCACCAUACCACACCAACUCUAGUUUGGGCACAGGCUCUCCCGCUGGGUCGCCCACAUCAAUGGUUUCGCAACAAGCUGCUGCUGCUGCCGCUCUAUUGCCUACCAACAUAUUGUACGCAGCCCAGGCGCAACAGCAACAGUCUCAAAACCCACUGCCUUCCGGCUUGGCUUCAUUGUACCCGGGCUUAUAUUACGCCAACGGUAUCAAACAAGAACCCAUGUCGACUACACCGCCGCCAUCUGCUGGUGUCGUCCCAUCCACAGUUCCCGCUACAUCGGGAAACAGUCUCUUGCAAACGUUUGCCGCCGCAGUUUCCAUGAAGAAGGACAUGGCUGAGCCACAUUCGCCACAGCAGCAACAGCAACCCACUGCAGCUACCACACCAACCAGCAGCACCAACAUUUCCGUUCCCCUCGAUGCCAAGACCACUCGUCCAUUCAAAGCUUUUCCCCGCGACCCCUUAGUCAUAGCAGCCAAUUUCGCAGCAACCGAUGUUUUGCUUGACAACCCACGUGUCGAGCGCUACACUGAAUACCGCAAACGGGUGCUCGAACAAAUACGCAGCUCAAAUGGCGGUUCGCGCACUGUCACCAACCCAAAAAUGCGACGCACAAGCUCGCGCAGCGGCAGCAUCCACGAAGGCUCCUCCAGCAACAACAGCGAGAACGAAGAACGCCAGCAGUGCGAGGAAUCGAGCGACUGUGAUUCGAAUUCCGGCAAUGACAGCCAGUCGUCAGUGGCCGCCAGUGGCGCCCCAGCCAACGCAAACACCAACACCAGUGGCCAGAACUCUGUAUCGACCUCAGGAGGCAUAGUCAAAGAUGCUGCCUACUAUGAACGCCGCCGCAAAAACAACGCUGCCGCCAAGAAGUCCCGUGACCGUCGCCGCAUCAAGGAAGACGAGAUCGCCAUCCGUGCUGCCUACUUGGAGCGCCAGAACAUCGAGUUGUUGUGCCAAAUCGACGCCCUCAAAGCCCAGUUGGCAGCGCUGACGUCAAAAAUGUGAGCCUGACAAUGCAUCCCUGCCGCCUCCGCCCCGCUUGCGUUGAACGCUUCAAUUACAAAAGCCUAUCUGUGACACACUCGUAAACUUUACACUUACACAAUUGUAUUUAGACCUUAGGCCUAGCUGUAGAUCGGUUGACUGACUGAACCAAUUUUUGGGUUACUCUUGUACAUACAUACCUCCAACCUCCAUCCCCUGCUUGUAGUAGUAAAUAGUUUAGUAGUACUUUUAUACAAAAUAAAAAACAAUUUAAAAAAAAAAA